AUGUUCGAAGUCGGUGCUUCUGUUAUCUGUACAGUCAUAGUUCUUAAUUUUCACCACAGAAAAGCUGAUUCUUACUUUCCUAUGCCUUCCUUUAUGAGAAUUAUUUUACUUGAAUGGCUUCCUUGGUUGCUUUGUAUGCAAAGACCCCCUCGUGUUAAACUUUCUGAUGGAACUGGAGAAAAAUUAUUAAAAGAUAUUGUUGGGGAAAUUAAUAAUAAUAAUGAAUGGUAAAAAAUUACA